CUACCAUUUCUUCAGCCAAACACCAAGCAAUGGCCUCUUUUUCACCUUCAGCCACCACUAUUACAACCACCAACAACCUCUCCGCCGUCCCACGUAACCCGUUGGUAUCGAAAUCAUCUCAACUAUCCGCCUAUAAGUCCAACCAAACUCGCCGUGUUUCACACAAAAUCUCUUGCCAAGCUACAAACAAUGAUGAUAAUCAAACCCCAAAACCAGCCCAAAAUGUUGACACCAAUAAGUUUGAUAGGAGAAACAUCCUCUUAGGGCUUGGAGGUCUUUAUGGGGCAGCCAGUACCUUUACUGGAGGGUAUGCUAGUUUAGCUGCCCCAACUGCCCCUGAUAUGUCCCAAUGUGGGCCAUCCAAACUAGACGAUGGUACUGCCUUAAACUGUUGUCCACCCAAGCCCUCUGAGGCUGUAGACUUCAAGCUACCCAAGUUUAACCGCCACGACUUACGGGUCCGGCCCGCAGCCCAUUUAGCCGACGAUGCAUACUUAGCCAAGUAUGCUAAAGCCCUAGCCUUAAUGAAAGCUCUCCCUGAUAGUGACCCUCGUAGCUUUAAGAAUCAAGCUAAUGUGCAUUGUGCUUAUUGUAACGGGGGUUACCAUCAAGUCGGGUUACCCAAUCUCGACUUUCAAGUCCAUGGAUCUUGGUUAUUCUUUCCUUUCCAUAGGGCAUACUUAUACUUCUAUGAAAAGAUCCUAGGAAGUUUGAUUAAUGACCCGGAUUUUGUCAUCCCGUAUUGGAAUUGGGAUAACCCUGAUGGCAUGGUCAUGCCUUCUAUGUUUAACGACGCUAAUUCCCCUUUCUUUGACGCUAUUCGCGAUCAAAGCCAUCUUCCACCCACGGUCAUGGAUCUUACCUAUGACGGGCCGGAUGUACCCAACAAUAUGUCCGACGAGGAAAAGAAGGCCCUUAAUCUUACUAUCAUGUACCGUCAAAUGGUUUCCAAUGCCAAAAAGCCUUCUAUGUUCUUAGGGGAACCUUACCGGACCGGGGAUUCACCUAACCCGGGACCCGGGUCUAUGGAGGUUCAACCACAUGGGACUAUCCAUAACUGGACCGGUAACCCGCAACCGAAUACUCCCAUGUGGGAGGAUAUGGGUAACUUUUACUCCGCGGGGCGGGAUCCGAUCUUCUAUGCCCACCAUGCUCAAGUGGAUAGGACAUGGGCGAUAUGGAGAUCCUUGUCUCCUAAGAAUAAGGAUUUCAAGGAUAAAGAUUUCUUGAAUUCUUAUUUCUACUUCUAUGAUGAAAAUGCUAAGCUUGUAAAGAUCUAUGUUCGAGAUUGCUUGGAUACCAAGAAAAUGGGGUACAAGUACCAGAAAGUUGACAUCCCUUGGCUCAAGUCACGUCCAACUCCUCGCGUCCGCGGUCCUAAGGUAUUGAAAUCGGUGUUCUCAAAGGUUAAAAACGCGGUGGCUGCAGAGACGGCGCCACCCUUGCCGCCGGUGGUUUUCCCUAAACCGCUAGACCACAUCAUAAGAACAAACUUGGUGAGGCCGCUCAAGUCAAGGACCAAGGCGGAGAAAGAAGAUGAAGAAGAGAUCUUGGUAAUCGAGGUCGAGUCGAGGCACGACCUGUACUCGAAAUUCGACGUGUAUAUCAACGAUGAAGAUGAGCGUCCUACAAAGGAGAACCGUACACAGACGGAGUAUGCAGGAAGUUACGUAAAUGUCCCUCAUAAACAUAACAAGCAUGGUCCUGAGCAUGCUAGUAACAUGAUGAAGACUAUUUUGAAAUUAGGGUUAACUGAUGUUUUGGAGGAUUUGGGAGCUGAUGAUGAUGAAGGUGUUGAUGUGAUAUUUGUUCCUCGUACCGGAACUGAAGGUUUGAUCAUUAAGGAUGUGAGGAUUGAGUUCCUCAGUUAAUUAUGUUAUUGAAAAAAAAUAUAUUGUGUUGUUGUUUGAGCGAUCAUCUCGUGUUAAUGUUCUUUGUUUGAUUAAUAAUAAAAUGAGUUGCUGUCGUUUUUUGUUUUA